AUGGAUAUGUAAGAUCAGCAAUUGAAUGUAUAAGUGGCUGUGAGAAUUCGACCUUUAAACUAGAAAGAGAUUAUUGCUAAAGAAUAAAGUUGUUUGAAAUCUGAUAGGAACAGUGUAUUUUAUUUUACAAUUUUAGAUCAUUUUACCCUAAAAUGGCAAAACCUUUACAUUCGAUCAAGUAUUCAAUUAGGACUCUAGUCAAGAUCAAAUAUUUUAAUGGUAAAAUCAAUUGUAAAUUAUAUGAAGUUGUGUUACUAAUCUGAUUUUGCGCUGUUUUGAGGGAUACAAUAGCACUAUAUUGGCAUAUGGUCAAACAGGUUCAGGUAAGACAUAUACCAUGGGGACAUCUUCUAUAGAUCAGUUUGCUGGUUAGGAUGCAUAUUCAUUGUAAAAUCAAAGUGAUUAUGGAAUGAUUCCAAGAGUUGUUUACUUUUUGUUUUAAGAAAUAGAGAAAAGAAAGUAGGAAUAAGACAUUAAUAUUACAUGUUCUUAUGUAGAAUUGUAUAAUGAAUAAAUUAUUGAUCUGCUUAAUGAAUAAAUAAUUCAAACUAAUGCACAACCUACAAUAAGAGAAGAAAAAGAUCACACAAUAUCAAUUUAGAAUUUGACUACCAUUCCAGUUACUAAUGCACAGUAUAUGAUUGAAAUCUUAAAUCGAGGAGGAGCACAUAGAACAACCUCUGCAACCUUGAUGAAUUUGAAUAGUUCAAGAUCUCAUGCCAUCUUCACAAUUUAUUUUGAAAUAAACAGAGAAUCCGAAGAAGGAUCAUUGAAGGCUAAAUUUCACUUUGUGGAUUUGGCUGGUAGUGAGAGGUUAAAAAAGACGUAAGCAAUAGGUAAACAGAUGGAAGAAGGAAUAAAUAUAAAUUAGAGCUUGUUAGUAUUGGGAAAUGUGAUUAAAACUUUGAGUGACCAGAAGAAAUCUAGUCAUGUGCCAUACAGAGAGAGCAAAUUAACCAGGUAUUGAUGUAAUUAAUGCUUAGAAUCCUUUAAGAUUCUUUGGGUGGGAAUUCAAACACUUAUAUGAUAGCUUGCAUAUCUCCAGCCGCGAGCAAUUAUGAAGAAACAAUUAAUACUUUGAAAUACGCAAGCAGAGCUAGAGAGAUAAAGAAUAAGCCAACUCAAAAUAGAGUAAAUAUAAGUCUUAUGAAAGGAUCCUCAUGCAGCUUAGGUUAUGGCAUUGAAAUAAUCCAUCAAUUAUUUGAGCGAUUAAAUUAAGCAAUAUUAGUAAUUACUGAUAGACAACAAUAUAAAUACCGACAGUUUAAAAAUUAAUCAAAUUGCAAUUACUGAUCUAAUUUAUUAAAACCAAUAGUAAUCUUGUACUUACCACACUGAUUAAAUUAAUAAAUUAAAGUCAUAGAACUUAUCGCUUGAUCAAUAGUUGUCAUAGAUUCAAAAAGAAUUUUUAUUGCUUUAGAAAGAUUAUAGUGAGAGUGAAAUUGAAUGUUUUAAGGCCAAGAAAUAGAGAGAUUAGGUGUUGAAAUGGUUUUAAGAUGCUCGAAAGUAAAGUAAAGUGAUAUUCUAGAUUGCUCAUUUAGAACAACAUAACAUCAAAUUUUGUUGAAGAUGCAACUUUAGAUAGUUAUUAUAAUGAAAUUUUCAAUUUGAAAAAAGUAGUGUAGGAAUAGGAAUAGAAAAUACAAUAGUUGCAAUAAAGGAAUGAUACUUUAAUAAAGGUAGUUUAAGUUGAUAAAUAUCUUAGUAUAGGAGGCACAUAGGGAUCAAAAGUUACUUCUUAUACAGUAUCACAAAUAAAACAAGUUUUUAAAUUUAGGAGAAUCAAAUGAUGACUAUGAAAUGGAUGAGACAGAGUUUUUGGAGAAUGACCAAAAAAUUGAGGAAUAAGAAAACCAUCUGAUAGAGAUGGAUAAACAAUAGACUUAAAUAAAGAUAUAAUUAUAAAAUGAAAUCAAAUAGGAUUAUCAUAAAUAAAUAGCUAAUUUGGAGUUAGAAAAAUUUAAUUUGCAAAGAUAAAUAAUCACUAAAUAAGAUUCAGCUUAAAUUAAUGUUUUAAAACAAAAAAUCUAAGAGUAUGAAACCAAAAUUUAAGAGAUGAAACAAAAAGAGACAAUGUCUAAAUAAUUAAAUAAAAAAUUAGAGGAGUAAGAAUCAUAAGUGACUAAUUUGAAAAAUAACAUUGAGUCUAUGAAGAAAUAAAAGGUAGAGUUGUUAAAAAAAAUGAAAUCAGAAAACUAAAAAUAUAUGAAGGAAAAAGAUGAAUAGCAGAAAGAGUUAAUCAAAACUAAAAAGCUUAAGAUAUAAUAAGAUACCAUACUUUGUAAAUUGAAAAAUGAGAAUACAAAAAAAGAUAUUCAAUUAAAAAGAAAGGAUGAUGAACUAUUAAAAUAAAAGAAUGAAAAACUUGUCAUUAAAUAGCAUAAUAGGUUUACUCCAAAUUAAUCAAUACAAUAUGAUUCUUUUGAAAAGUAAAUUGACGAUUUAUUUAAUGAACUCAUUAUGGGUUAGCAAGCAGAGGAGUAAAUUACCUAGGAGUAUAAAAAAUUUGAGGAAAUUUAGGAAGAAUUACAAAUAAUUCAAAAUAAAAUAUGUAGCAUUCAAAUCAAGAUUGAUUAAUUAGAAUUUGACAUUGCAUAGAGCAAAAACUAAUUAAACUAUGAAACAUAACAAUAAUUAGAGAUCGAAUUAGGUGAUUUCCAAGAAAAAAGAGAGAAUAUCAAGGAAACAAUAGAAUUCUAAAUUUAAAAAAUCAAUGAAUUUAGAGCAGUAUCUUAAAAAUCUAAUGAAUAUUACACGGCAUUGUUGACUAAUCAAUAUUUUAAGGAUCUACCAAAUUGGUGCAUAAGGUCUUUUAGAUAUGUAAUUGAUAAUUGGGUUAAGGAUCAUAUUUUGAUGAGUGACUACGCAUAACAGAUUGAAGAUUUGAGUUAAGCAAAUUAACUUUUAAUGAGUUCACGACCAAGUCAAAUGAGGAAAUCAAUAAGAUCAAGUACUCCUAAUGAUGAUUUGAAAAGAUAAUUAAAUGAAUACAAGAGAAAACUACAAGCCUCUUAGAAUACCUUUAGGACAACCAGUUUGGAAUUAGAUUAUUAUAAAAACUUUUACAAUGAAUAGAUAAAUAAACAGUAAAAAGAUAAGUCAAUAGGAUUAAAAGCUUAAUUGCAACACUCAAAUUCAAAUUAUAUUGCACGCAACUAUUACCCAAAAGAUGUUAAAAAUGAGUAAGAACCAUAGACUUUGUCUCGCACUAAAUCAAUUGGUCCAAUUAGUUCAAGUGCCAGAGUAAGGAGUUCAUGUUCAAUGGCUGACUAUAUAAACUUUUCUUAAGAAUUUGGAGGUUAUGAGUAAGUAUUUUAAUUUUAUUCAUUUUUAGAUUAAUAAAGACUUUUUAUGGACAUGAUCAACCAAUUUUAUCCUUGUGCCAUAAAGAGAAUCUUCUAUUCUCUGGAUAGUAUAAAUAGGUUAAGGUGUGGGAUAUUGAGACAUCAUAAUCGUUAAGUACAUUAGAGCAAAGUAGUCAUUGCAGAGCAAUCCAUUAUUGGGCUGAAAGAGAUUCAAUAGCAAUAUCUCAUGGGUCAUAAAUCACUUUGUAUGAUCCUCAAACCUUUACUUCUCAGGGAUUGUUAAAGUCAACCAUUGAGGAAGUUAAAGCCAUGACAACAAUAAAUGGAUUAUUUGUAGCAGUAGGAAAAUCUACGAAUUCCAGUGCUUUGAAUGUUUGGGAUCCUAGGCAGAAUAAGUAUAAGAUAUUAUCAAUUAUUUUAGCAUUUUAUAUGAGUUUGAAAAAGGAUCAGAUAUUCUGAGUGCUUAUGGGUCUAAUGAGAAUAGAGAACUGAUUUAUGGAACAUUAAAACAUUAUACAAAGAGGAUUCCUUUUAGUAAGAACAAAUAUGGAUAGAUUUAACAAUUGUCACCUCCUUAGUUAGAUAAGGUGACCGGAGUGGCAUCUUAUAGUAAUUUUAUUGUUAGUUGGUAUAAUAUGUUUACAAAUAUUAGUUCUCUGAGUAAGAGAAUGUUGCUAUGGAAUUAAUAAACUGGUUUAGAGAUGUAGACAAAUGACAGUAUUCAUAAGGAUUUGAUAAUGACAUUAGCAGGUAAGAGACCAAUUCUAUAUGUUAUAGUUGAUAAAUCAUUGAAGUUGAUAUACACAGGUUCAAAGGAUGGACAAAUAAAAGCAAUUAAAGUGAAUGAGGAGGGCAAAUUUCAACUUGUGAAUGAGAUGAAUGCUUCUACUCAGCCAGUAAAUGUUUUGAAUGUGAUCUAAUCAAAUAAUUAUGUUGUAAGUGGUGGUUAAGAUAAAUUAAUCAAAAUAUGGAAGCCAUCUAAAUAGUUAUUAUAGUAACAAAAUCUUAUAGGAGAAUUUACUAUUGAUGACAAAGUGUGA